UUUCGUCGACCCUUCUCCCUUUUUCCUUCAUCGUCAUUCCUCAGAGGCUCAAACCCUACCCCCCCCCCCCCCCCCCCAUUCACACCUUCAUUCCCUAUCUCUCUCUCAUUAGAAAAAUGGCAGAUGCUGCUCUGAGCAUGAGUUUGGACGAUCUCAUUAAGAAAAAUAAGAGGUCCGGAGGAGGUAAUUCUCGCGGCAGAGGUCGUGGAUCGGCACCCGGACCAGCUCGACGUAUCCCCAAUCGCUCCGCUAACCGAUCCGCCCCUUACGCAACUGCCAAGGCACCGGACUCAGCUUGGAAUCACGAUAUGUUCGCGACGGAUCAGCCUAUGGCGUUUGACGGGCACAUCGUCGGUGGUGCUCGAGCCUCUUCGAUAGAGACCGGCACUAAGCUUUAUGUCUCAAAUCUAGAAUAUGGCGUCUCUAACGAAGAUAUUAAGGAACUCUUUUCAGAAGUUGGUGACCUGAAACGCUAUGGAAUCCAUUAUGAUAGGAGUGGGAGAUCAAAGGGAACAGCAGAAGUUGUUUACUCGCGCCGACAAGAUGCUUUAGCAGCUGUUAAAAGAUAUAACAAUGUUCAGCUUGAUGGAAAACCAAUGAAGAUAGAGAUUGUUGGCACAAACAUUGUCACUGCUCCUCCAUCUACCGUUGGUUCUGUUGGAAAUUCUAACGGAAUUCCCCGUAGUGGACAAGGAAGAGGUGGAGGUUUUGGAAGGUUGCGUGGAGGUAGGGGAAGAGGGCGUGGAUUUCAAGCAGGUCGAGGGCGAGGAAGAGACCGUGGAGAAAAGGUGUCUGCAGAUGAUCUUGAUGCUGAUUUAGAGAAGUACCAUGCUGAAGCUAUGCAGACAAAUUGAUAGGAGAUUCCAUAUCAUUGUUUCUCCAGACUCUGUGACUAUACUGUGAACCUAUGCGUGAUGGUUUCAUGGGUCUUUUGUAUUUUUAGCAAUGUUUGGCUCUUUUAUGAUUACAAGGAAGUACUAAUAGGGAGACUUGUACCUCUGAUGUUUGGGGCUUGAGAUUUGUGACAUAUUGUUGCUCUUCAAUUUGGUAUUGCGUUGGAUGGAUUUAUGCAAUGUACUGAGUUCCUUAGUUUUUU